CAAUUACUUUCCCACAGCAUCACGUAGUUCACAACUUCACAAUUCCGUUGAGAUCUAACAAAAAAGAAUUCACAAAGCUUGAAAAUUAGGGUUAGGUUUUCGACUUCGAUUGUGAAAUUUGUGAGAUUUGAAGAUGUUUGGAAGAGCCCCUAAGAAAAGUGAUAACACUAAAUACUAUGAAAUUCUUGGUGUUUCGAAGAAUGCUUCUCCUGAUGAUUUGAAGAAAGCGUAUAAAAAAGCUGCGAUUAAGAAUCAUCCUGAUAAGGGUGGUGAUCCUGAAAAGUUCAAAGAGCUUGCACAAGCUUAUGAGGUUUUGAGUGAUCCUGAGAAGCGUGAGGUAUAUGAUCAGUAUGGUGAAGAUGCUCUUAAGGAAGGAAUGGGUGGCGGUGGCGGUGGCCAUGACCCAUUUGAUAUAUUCUCAUCCUUCUUUGGUGGAGGUGGAUUUCCUGGUGGUGGUAGUAGCAGAGGAAGGAGGCAGAGACGUGGUGAGGAUGUCGUCCACCCCUUGAAGGUAUCUUUGGAGGAUCUUUACCUUGGGACAUCUAAGAAGCUUUCUCUUUCACGAAAUGUCUUGUGCUCCAAGUGCAAUGGGAAAGGUUCAAAAUCUGGUGCUUCAAUGACCUGUGCUGGUUGUCAAGGUUCUGGUAUGAAGAUUUCUAUGAGGCAUUUGGGUGCUAAUAUGAUUCAGCAAAUGCAACAUCCUUGCAAUGAAUGCAAGGGUACUGGAGAGACCAUCAGUGACAAAGAUCGAUGCCCACAGUGCAAGGGAGAGAAGGUCGUUCAACAGAAGAAAGUACUUGAAGUUCAUGUUGAGAAGGGAAUGCAAAAUGGCCAGAAGAUCACAUUCCCUGGUGAAGCUGAUGAAGCGCCGGAUACAGUUACUGGGGAUAUCGUCUUUGUACUUCAACAGAAGGAACACCCCAAGUUCAAGAGAAAGGGUGAAGAUCUUUUUGUAGAGCACACAUUGUCCCUCACCGAGGCUUUGUGUGGUUUCCAAUUCGCGCUGACUCAUUUGGAUUCUCGCCAACUAUUGAUUAAAUCAAACCCUGGAGAAGUUGUCAAGCCUGAUUCAUACAAGGCAAUCAAUGAUGAAGGAAUGCCAAUGUACCAGAGGCCUUUCAUGAAGGGCAAGCUUUACAUUCACUUCACUGUGGAGUUCCCCGAGUCUCUGACUCUUGAUCAGGUUAAGGCUUUGGAGACAAUUCUCCCAGCAAGGCCUGUAUCACAGUUGACAGACAUGGAGCUGGAUGAGUGUGAGGAGACAACACUUCAUGAUGUCAACAUUGAAGAAGAGACGAGAAGAAGGCAGCAAGCUCAGCAAGAGGCAUAUGAUGAGGAUGAUGAAAUGCCUGGUGGUGCUCAAAGAGUACAAUGUGCUCAGCAGUAAUGAGUUUGGAGAUAUCCUUCAUGGAUGUGUUUUAGCUUUGGUGGGCUAAACAUAGUGGUGUCUUAUCAAAUGAUUUUUGAAAAACAGUGUAGCAUUUAUUUCCGUAUAAAGAUAUCCUAUAUGGUUAAUUUUAUAAUUUGUUCCCUUGUGUUUACAAAAUUGCAGCUACUCUGAAUUUACUCUUCCUCUCUUAUUAAGCAAUUUUUUCCUUCCUUGCGUGU